AUGCAACAAUCCCAAACUAUUCUCAACUACUUGAAUGGAAAUUAUCUGCUCACCAGUAGUACUGAGAAUCAAGUUGUCACUCUAGAAUUUGAUUCACAAUAUUACAGUCCUUGCUUUCACUUUUUACAUUACUAAUUAUUUAAUCACCUUAAUAGUACAAGACCACUCCUAAUUAUAGAUUUAGAGUUCAACUUCAGAUCACUAUGGAAGAAUAUAUAUUCUAGCAUUGAAUAUUCUGAAUAAAAUGGAUUUAAGAAAUAUGUGAAUAAUAUGUAUUUCAUCAACAAGGAGGAUUCUUUGAAUGAAGUCUUAAAAUAAAUCGUGGCAGAUAAUAUCAAAAGCCUAGAGGUUUUGAUUUCAGGAGUAGAAUUAACUGAAAUAUCAAUUUUCAACAUGAUUAGAGAAAUACUCAAAUAACCAUUUCGAUCCUAGAUUAGUGUAUUGAUUCCUAAAGAAUUUAAACACAGAGAAUUAAAAACUAUUUAAAGUAUUUCAAAUUGUAGAAUGAUAAUUGAAUAAUUGUUGGAGAGUGAUGAGAAGAUAUAAAAGAGUGAGAAAGAAUUCAAAAUCUAUAAUUUAAUGGUUACUAUGGUUCUAAAAAAGUCUAAUGGACAUUCCUUCCUAAAGAAUUAUAUUAUAGAUGGUAAGGAGUUGUUGAAAACUAAAUUAAAAAUUAAUAAAAUAAAAAAGGAAAUUAAGAAAGACGACUAAUUGGAUGUUACUAAGAAAAUAGGUGCAACUUUCAAUUUGAAUUUGAGUCAGGAGUAAAAGAUGAUGAAAAAUGAGAUUGACAAUUAAAUUAAUCCUUACAAGGAAAUCAUUUCAUAAGAAAAUGUCCCGUUGAUUUAUUAAAAUGAAGGAGAUGAGAAGAGAAUAAUUUUGGACGAUGAAUAGGAGGAUUUCGAAGAAGUGGAAGAGUAUGAAGGAUGAAAUGAUAUUUCAAAUAAAUCUUAUUAAUUUAUACUGUAUAAAAUGAUUGUA